UCUCUCGCGCUCGUUCUCGCAAGCGAGACCGAUUGUCUUCCAAGGAGUGUCUUCCGCAGCCUUACCCGUCUUCCCGCGAGCUAUUUCUCCCCGGGCUGAUUAGAUCCAAAGUCAUCGUGCCACUCACGCAUUCCCAAACCUGGAGACUCAAGAUCCAUAAGGAAUCAAAUUGUCCACGCGAGGUGGACGAAUGUCAAUUCAAUUAAGCGCUCGACUGACUGUCCUCCAUUUCGUCACUCUUCGUACAAGUCCAUCGAAGACCAGAAGAACGGCCGUGCCGUGACCGUUCUCCAUUCGCUCGCUAACCGUACGAAUCCAUCGGAGAUCGCAAGAGGCGAUCCUCGAGGCGCGUCGAUCCUCGGCGCCAGCCUCGGAACGAGAAUUCCGUCCUCCGAAUCCAAGGAAGAGUCGUUCCCCACGAGAGGCCGAAAGGAGAUUCUCGCGGACGCGUUUUCGCGGCGCAGAGGACUCCGUGCGUAAAUCAUCGUUCUCUACGUGUCCCGGACGAGCGUCGUCCCGGCGUUCGAUGACAACUGAACAAGAUUUGGUGCUUACCCAGCGUGCGUGAGCGGAUCCUCGGGCACGAGGGCGGUGCGCCGAGGAGAUCGUCCUCGACCACGACGAUCACGACGUCGACGACGGCGACGACGACGACGACGACGACGACGAUGCUACGCUCGCCGGCGCGCGGCGCCGUCACCGUCCUCCGGGAGCCCCUGUCCGCCUCCGCAUCCGCGUCCGCCGCUGCCGCCGCGGCGGCGGCCGCGGUGGCCUCCUCGACCACGACCGUCUCGGCGCCGCCGACGCCGGUUCAUCACGGCGCCGCCGGUGCCGGCGCCGGUAGCUCGAGCGCUUCCUCCUCGCGCCUCUCCCUGCUCGACACCUGCCACAGGAAGAUCAGGCUCUUCGGCGAACUAGUCGCAAAAGCCAGACGAAAGGAGAAGGAUGCGGGAACCACGGAGGAUCCGAAAUUGUACCUGGAGGAGGCGGCCCUCGAGAGGCAGCUGCCGGAGUUGGACCUGAGGAUGCUUGUGGAUCUACCGCCCGGCCUGGAUUACAACGAGUGGCUGGCGUCGCAUACCCUCGCACUGUUCGACCACAUUAAUCUCGUCUACGGCACGAUAUCCGAGUUCUGCACCAUGACGGGUUGCCCCGACAUGACUGGUCCCGGCUUAAGAACGUAUCUGUGGUUCGACGAGAAGGGGAAGAAGACGAGGGUGGCGGCACCACAAUAUAUAGACUACGUUAUGACAUUUACGCAACGCACUGUUAGCGAUGAAACUAUAUUCCCUACAAAAUACGCGAACGAGUUUCCAAGCUCGUUUGAGUCGAUAGUGCGUAAGAUUCUGCGGCUACUGUACCACGUGGUGGCACACAUUUACCACUGCCACUUCAGGGAGGUGGCGCUUUUGGAGUUGCACGCUCAGCUCAAUUGUGUGUUCGCCCACCUCAUGCUCCUCAAUCAACGCUUCAACCUUAUAGAUCCAAAGGAAACGGAAAUCCUGGGGGACUUAGAGGCCGCCCUCUUGGGUGAUUCGACAUCCGCGCCUUCACAGACCUUAGCCAUCCAGGAGACUCCGACCACAACCACCACUACCGCCACCACCACUACCACCACCUAGAUCGCGAUGAGUCGUAGCGAGCGAGCAGAGGUUGCAGUUCCUGAGACUAGGUGACGAUAGGCGAUUCGUUCGUUUGUUCGUUCGGUCUUCUUUCUCCUCUUUUCCUUUUUAUAGACACUACGCGAAAAAGAAAAAGAAUACAGAUUGUGAUGCCGUCAACGUCAGCAUUUGGCAGAAUCGAAGAUGGCCGGAGAGAGAGAGAGAGAGAGAGAGAGAGAGAGAGAACGGCGAUUCUGUAAAAAACAAGGAAAUCGAUACCAGUAGUACCUGUAUAUAGCGAAGUGUGAACAAUUACAUGAUGUAAUUAGGUUCCUCCGUUUGUUGUUUGUGAGAUUGUACAUAAUUUAUUAAAUAGUAAGAUAUAUACGAGAGAGAGAGGGAGAGAAUGUGCGAGAGAAAGAGAGAGAGAGAAAGUGCGACAAAGAACGAGUAUUGAUUAUUAUUGACAAAGUUAGUUGCUAUAAGAGAUAAUUUGUUCUGUAAAAAAUGAAACAAUAAUAAUAUUGUAAAGUUAAAAUAAUACCAAAUAUAUACCUGGUGUUAA